UAUCAUGGUCGGGUGCGUAUGAAUUCACGCCACAAGAAAGGAAGUAAAAUAACUCAGAAAAUUUCAAGAGCAAGCUAGCCUCCCACAAAAUCAAUUUUGGACCUUACUGGAUUACUUCUUGCGAUUCGAGUAUAUAUCGUUGGCUUAAUACUACAAACCCGCGAAAGAACGAGAUGAGUGCAGGAGAUACAUGUAUAGGAUGUUUAGUCUUUGCGUUCAUGCUAAGCCCUGUUAUCCUACAGGGCGCCGGAAGGAACGGUUCGGACUGGCUCCCAGGAAAAUCGUGCAGCACAAUCGAACCCAAACUAGACUGCUGCCGGGUACAAGUAAAUAAUAACAGCUAUCGCAACAGUACACCAUGCAGUUCUCCAUUCGUCCUCUCAGACCUUGACUCUACUGCGUACAGACUUCAUUCCGGUGCAUUUUCGAUCAUGCUGCUGCCUUUUGUGUUUGCAUGUUUUGAAAUCUGGUUUACCAAAGACGGGGAUAAUGAUAUUGGUUGCUGCGGUGUCUGUGGUGGACUUUGCUUCUUACUUUAUCCGGUUGCAGGUUUGAUGAGUUUCAUCGGAUGCAUGAAAGUUGUAGCGAAAUUCUCUGGCUCCAGCUUUGGACAAUCUUUUAAACUUAGUUUAUCAGCUGGAUUACUUGUGCUCGCAAUAACCGGCAUUCUCAUAUUCUUCAUCUGUUACAACAGAAGAAAAAAAGUGAAGCGUCCAGCUGCCAACGAUAGCCAAAUGCAGACGUAUGCUCCUGGCGGUGCUGGACCAUAUGACACUGGGCCUCCAACUGAGGUCCAGAUUCAGACCGUCAGAAGAGAAGAAACCCACGUUGUACAUGAUGGCAACGGCUUCGUUAUGUUUAUGAAGAGUAUCAACGUAUUUCAUUUAGUUACACAUCACGAGUAGACUUAUCAGCAAAUUCAAUCUAUGUUAUAUGUAUGCAAAGACACGUGCAAUAUGUGUCUGAUGAUAUAUGCCUGCUAAACAAAAGAAAGACUGUUUUGUUUUGAAUUCACUAAUACUUUACAUUAAGAAUGUAUAUAUUGUUAUAAUUAAAAUCAAAAUGUGCACAUAGCGACCAAAUUGACUUAUAUAUAUAUUCGAAUUUCGGGAGGAAAUGGUAGCAUCCCGGGACCCGGAACAUCCGGUCACCUAUGUAGACAGCUUUUAUCUAAGUCCUUUAAAGAAUCAGUUAUCCUAUAACUUGUUUAGAUCUAUGAAAUGCAGAUAAAAAUCGUUUCACUCUGAGUGAAAUGUAUGAAGCAGUUGUUGAAAUACGUUAGGAAUUUAUCCAUUAUUAUGUAUACAACAUUAUGAAACAUUUUUAAUGGCCAUUCUGAAGAAAGAAAAAAUCAUUUUGUGAGGCUUUAUGUGUUAACCUGUGCCUUUAACAAAAAAUACAUUUUUGUCACAGCUUAAAUAACUCAUACGACCAGUGAUACUAAUUUUCUACGCUAAUGCAAGAUAAGAGGCAACUGCAAAAUUAGUAUAUGAGACUCAUCACACUUUUAGUACAGAUUUCUAAUAUCUUUUUUUCUACUAUUUAAUUGAGUUAUCUUAUUUAGCAUACUUUAUAUAAGACAUCAUAAUCUACAAAUGUAAUAGAAACGAGUUAAGCUAUAUUCUUUGCUUUUUUAAAAUACUGCAUUAGAUCUAUAAUUAUUAUUUUUAUUUCCGUGAAAGAUUUUGUGAUAUGGAUACGAAUGUUAUAUAACAUUAAAUGUACAAUAAAUGUUAUGUUAUCAUUAUAUUAUUUUUACCUAUGUAACUUACAAUAACAAGUUAUAGCUAAUGCAUCUUGGGAUUGCUCUAUAUCAAAUAUAUUAGACAACCCGGAUAGAAAUAGAUCUACAUAACAUAUAAUUGAUCUGUUUUUGCUACUGAUCGGAAUCACAUCACGAACAGCAUAUCAUAAUUUGUAGAUGUAUUUAUAUAGUGUCUGAAAUUAUUUUUUGUCCGGUAGGAUCGCAGUACUUCUACAGGCACCUGACCAAUUUAAUUUUGUAAUUAUGUACUAAUAAUAAUAUAAUUAUAAUAAGUAGUAAAAUACAA